UGCGGCAACGUGCGGCAACGUCACUGUGACCUCACAGACAUGGCUGCGGCCGGUAGCAGUUGAAGCGGGAUCGCUUCCGUUUCCAGAAAAGUGGGAAGUUAACUGUUUAACUCGGUUUUUCAUCGCCCCGGCGGGGGACGAGCGGCUGCGAAAUGGAGUCGGAGAGGCCAACCAAGCUGGAGUUUUCAGUUCAGAUGACAUGCGACACCUGUGCGGAUAAAGUCAGAGCUGCCCUCGAGGGUCGAACAGGGGUGAAGUCUGUCACCAUUGAUGUCAGUAGGGAGGAGGUGCUGGUGGAGUCUGGCCUGAACAGUGCCGAGGUGCAGGCUCUGAUAGAAAGUACCGGACGCAGGGCGGUACUGAAAGGCAUCGGAGGAUCGGCGCAAGAUCUGGGUGCAGCGGUGGCCAUGCUGGCCGGUGUCGGAAAGAUCCAGGGGGUGGUGCGUUUCCUGCAGUUAUCUGAGGAGCGUUGCUUGAUUGAUGGGACCGUUGAUGGGUUGAAGCCUGGACUCCACGGCCUCCAUGUUCACGCUCUGGGGGACCUCACACAGGACUGCAGCAGUUGCGGAGAGCACUAUAACCCCUUUGGAAGCCAACAUGGCGGUCCAGGGGACUCAGAAAGGCAUGUAGGUGAUCUGGGCAACAUUGUUGCCGGAGCAGAUGGCAGAGCCUCAUUUAGACUAGAAGACAGUCAGCUAAAGGUGUGGGAUGUGAUUGGCCGAUCGCUGGUAGUGGAUGCUGGGGAGGACGACCUGGGACGAGGCAGUCACCCUCUCUCCAAGCAGACUGGAAACUCUGGGGAAAGGCUGGCCUGUGGGAUCAUCGCCCGAUCUGCAGGCCUUUUCCAAAAUCCCAAACAGAUAUGUGCCUGUGACGGGGUCACGCUGUGGGAGGAGAGAGACAGGCCGAUAGCUGGGAAAGGUCGAAGCAAGGCCAACACGGAGACACUGGCAGCACACCUGUGAACCUCGGACACAAGCACUAAUGCCAGUGUGAACAGAGGGAGCAUCUCAAAGAGAAAUGGAGGGGACAUUUGUCGACAGAGGGUCAGAGCUGAAGCGAGGAAGACAGAGCACUUAGCAGUAUGUUUCAAGACAGCUGGGAGGACAACCAAAGAAAAAUGGCCUUAUUUUUCUUGAAAUUUUUCUCCGUGAUAAAAUCAAAUGCUCCCGCUGUCGCACUUAGUGUCCUCUGUGGGUCUAAAUGCACUAAAGCAAAUUAAAACAGGCUGGGACUUCGUAAAAGUCACCUCUGAUUAGCUGGAUGUGUGCUAAUGUUGUUAUAUGUUUGCAUAACCAUUGGCCUCUGACAACUGUCUCAUCACCGUCUGAAUUGAUGUGCCUGUAAGAUCUGAGGUAUCCAUGUACUGUGUACUAAUGGGGGGGGAAAAAAGCCCUUCAAUUUGCCAUGACAGUUUCUAAAUUAACUAUGGAAGCCUCCUAAAAUCAGUAGUAGUCAAAAAAAAAACCAAAAAACAAUUACACUGCUAACGUCCUGCUACUCUCACAUCAGCUAACUCUCCCAACAAGGGGUACUCGUACACCUGUGGAUACGUGGAAACAUUAUGGAGCAGCUCAGCUAAUUGGGGGAAAAAAAUAAGUUAUGAUUUGGUAUAAAAUAUAUCCGCAUACUUCAGUUUAGGAGAGAAAAAAAUCAACACACAGAUAGGAUUACAAAACGGUAUGAUGCUGAAAUUUAUUAUAUUUACUGUCACAAUAACUAGGACAACUGUACAGCGCGCCUCCACCUUAGGUCAGUUGUAACACCAAGUGUUGUGAUUGAAAAUGUGUAAAAAGUAGUUAGAAUGCAAAGAGAAAAGGUUGAAAUAAACAGCUAAAAGUAAUAGAUAAAUGACCGAAACAUCGGCCCCUGUAAGAGGUAGUAAUAUGAAUACAAGCUUGACCAAACUUUGUGG